AUGUAUGACAACAUCUCUGAUUUCACAAGAUAUGAUGACGACCAUGACCCCGAACACGGUGAAGAAGAAGUUUUACAAACAUCCAUUAAGACAGGAAAGGUUUUAACACAAAGUCUCAUUAUUGACACCAAAGAUGGCGAAGUGGACGUUCUUCAAGAGCUGAAGAAAAAUACUUCUUCGGGAGGUGGUGGUAGGCAUGAACUUGAAAUAAAUGAGAUAGAAGAGAAAUUAGCCGAAAAAGCAGAUAAAGAACAUAAACACAAUAUCUCCGAUAUAAAUGAACUUCAAGCUACAUUAAAUAGUAAAGCGGACAAGAACCAUGUUCAUUAUAUAAGUUCAGACGAACAGAUUAUAACGGACUAUCAUGGAUAUUUAACACAGGAUGAAGAAGUGAAGACGAAAAAUGUUAAUGAAAGAAGAUAUAAAUUCAUUCGUGCUAAAGGUUAUGACAUACACUGUACUGUACAGUAUGACACAGGUAUAGCACCACAAACAUUUGGUUAUAACGCUGAAAUUUAUGCUUCAUACUUCUUUGUUAACGGUGUAUUAGUUGAACCAAGAUUUAUGUUAAGAGUUAAGGCAAAAAUAACUUUUGAAGAUGCUAUUAAAAGUAAAGCUGACAAAAAUGAACUUGACGCAACGAACAAAGUUUUGAAAUCUCAUAAACACAAUAUCUCCGAUAUAAAUGAACUUCAAACUUCUUUAGACAGUAAAGCAGACAAAAACCAUACACAUGAAUCCUUCACUACUGUUAGAGCUGAUGACAUAAUAUUGAACUAUACUUUAGGUUCAAGCGCACCUUUAGAGAAUCCAAGCACUAGCGUAAAAGACACGCUUAACAGUUUAGAUAACAGUUGCAGGAACAUUGAAGGUCAUGCCAGAAACUUUGAAGCACAUGAACUACCAGCAAUGUUAGAUAAGAAAGCUGACAAAACUUAUGUGGAUGCAGAACUAACAAAGAAAUUUUCGAAACCAGAUACAAUGACAUUUACAACAGAAAUUAUAAAUGGCGAACCAGCAACUCCAUUUGAAUUUGUUAGAGGUCUUCAACCAGAUACUUUUGAAUUUUUCUUGGAUAAUUCUAUUGAACUAACAUUACAUUAUAAAAGUGGAACAAAUGCAACAUUUCAUCCGGGAGAUACAUUCCAAAUGGUAUUUAAUGACAUAAGUUCUUUAGAAUAUGUUUAUAGAGUUAUGAGUAUAUAUGAUUUAAUAUAUCCUAUAGGAGCUGUUUAUACGUCUAUGAAUCCAAUAAAUCCAAACACUUUAUUUGGUGGUAGAUGGUAUGAAAUAGUUGACAGUUUUCCAUUCUACACUAAUACGCAGUCAAUGAAGAUGGGAGGUUCAAAGAAAAUAGGUAUUGAAAACCUUCCUUCACAUAUGCAUAGGUUCAGUGGAAGAACAUCUGUGGAAGGAAACCAUUCACAUUCAAUAACAAAAAGAGGUUAUAUAAAUCUUGCAGCGGGUUCGAAUAGACAGGGAAUGAACAGAUAUGAUAUCUCAGAUGACCCCAAAGAUGUUAGCACAGGUAUUUUCUGUGGAACUGCAGGAAAUCAUACACAUGUUGUAGCUGGUAUUACAGACCCAGCAGGUAAUGGAAAAGAUUAUAUGCCUCCUUAUAUAACAAUGCACGCUUGGAUACGAGUUGGUUAA